AGAAAAUGACCAAGAACUAUGUACACCUAAAGGAAGACAAUACUUACCUUUGGAGAAACACAUUUACGUGAGCCAGUCCUUCAAGAAGGAAGCAGCUAGCUCUCUGCCUUUGAAGAUUUCAGUAUUUACUUGAAGGAGAUACUAAUCAGCAAGAGAUGGCCCUUCCAAGCAAGAAGAAUGCUAUUUUGGUGGAUGGGGUUGUACUGAAUGGUCCGACCACAGAUAUAAGAGCAGGAGAAAAAUUUGUUGAAGAGGCCUGUAGGCUAAUAAUGGAAGAAGUGGUUUUGAAAGCUACGGAUGUUAAUGAGAAGGUGUGUGAAUGGCAGUCUCCUGAACAGCUGAAGCAACUUCUUGACUUGGAGAUGAGAGACACGGGCGAGCCCCAUGACAGGCUGUUGCAACUCUGCCGAGAUGUCAUACGCUUCAGUGUCAAAACUAACCACCCAAGAUUUUUCAACCAACUAUAUGCUGGACUUGAUUAUUACUCGUUGGUGGGCCGAUUUAUGACCGAAGCAUUAAAUCCUAGUGUUUAUACGUAUGAGGUAUCUCCAGUGUUUUUGUUAGUGGAAGAAGCAGUUGUGAAGAAAAUGAUUGAAUUUAUUGGCUGGCAAGAAGGAGAUGGAAUAUUUAACCCAGGUGGUUCAGUGUCCAAUAUGUAUGCAAUGAAUUUAGCUAGAUACAAAUACUGUCCUGAUAUUAAGGAAAAGGGGCUGUCUGGGUUGCCAAGAUUAAUCCUUUUCACAUCUGCAGAGUGUCAUUACUCCAUGAAGAAGUCAGCCUCUUUUCUGGGGAUUGGCACUGAGAACGUGUGCUUUGUGGAAACAGAUGGAAGAGGUAAAAUGAUACCUGAGGAACUGGAAAAGCAGGUCCUGCAAGCCAGGAAAGAGGGGGCAGCACCAUUUCUUGUCUGUGCCACCUCGGGAACAACUGUGCUAGGCUCCUUCGAUCCUCUGGAGGAAAUCGCGGAUGUCUGUGACAGGCACGGCCUCUGGCUCCACGUGGACGCUUCUUGGGGUGGCUCAGCUUUGAUGUCAAGGAAGCACCGCAAGCUUCUGCAUGGCAUCCACAGGGCUGAUUCAGUGGCCUGGAACCCACACAAGAUGCUGAUGGCUGGAAUCCAGUGCUGUGCUCUACUUGUGAAAGACAAGUCUGAUCUUCUUAAGAAAUGCUACUCUGCUGAGGCAUCUUACCUCUUCCAGCAGGACAAAUUCUAUGAUGUCAGCUAUGAUACAGGAGACAAGUCUAUCCAAUGUAGCAGGAGACCAGAUGCAUUCAAAUUCUGGAUGACCUGGAAGGCCCUGGGGACAUUAGGCCUUGAAGAAAGAGUUAAUCGUGCUCUUGCUUUGUCUAGGUACCUAGUAGAUGAGAUCAAGAAGAGAGACGGAUUCAAGUUACUGAUGGAACCUGAAUAUGCCAAUAUUUGCUUUUGGUACAUUCCACCAAGCCUCAGAGAGAUGGAAGAAGGACCAGAGUUCUGGGAAAAAGUUAAUUUGGUAGCCCCAGCCAUUAAGGAGAGGAUGAUGAAGAAGGGAAGCCUCAUGCUAGGCUACCAGCCCCACCGGGGAAAGGUUAACUUCUUCCGUCAGGUGGUAAUUAAUCCUCAAGUAAGCCGGGAGGACAUGGACUUCCUCUUGGAUGAGAUAGACCUUCUGGGUAGAGACAUGUAGCUGUGGCUUUUGGUCCCUCAGAGGCAUGGAUCCUGUCCUGAGCAGGGCAUCUGGAGACACAUAGUAGAUGAUAGCCCUUCUGAUGAGAAAUAGGAAAUGCUCCAGACCAGGCAUUGCAGAAUCAAAUUGCUAAGCAAAUGAUGAUAAAGUCUCUUGUUGCCUAGGCACUGAUGUUGCUAUAAAGGAGGCAGCUUUAAAAGGAAUGAGUUUCUCAAGGAUUGUCUCUGGACAUAGCCAUGAAGAGAGUUUAGUAAAUGCCAUGUGGAUCUUGGGUUCUAAUCUUACACUGCCUUAAAGAACAUAAAUUAACAGUUCAAAACAAUGAUUCUUAAAGAAUGGUUCUUGUACUAGCAGAAUCAACAUCACCUGGAAACUUUUUUUAAAAUGCAGAUUCUGAAGCCUCACUUCAGACAAACUGAAGCAGAAACUGCAUGUGUGGCUCAGUGUUCUGUGUUUUAACAAGCCCUCCAAGUGAUUUCGAUGCAUCAUAUAAUCUGAGAAGUAUGGGUUUUUAAAAAUUCUUAUAUUGAUUGGUUAAUCAGUCUGAUAUUUUGCCAGCAAAAGGAUAUCAGUAGCCCUUGAGCCACUCUUUGAAAAUUACAGCAGUAGACUUUGUAGUACAAAUUUUAAGGGCAUCAGGAGCAUGUCAAAACUAGUUUUAAGAUAAAAUAUAUAUAUAUAUAUAUAUAUGUGAUGUUUGCUUUAUAAGGACAUAUAUGUCUUAUGCAAGCUGAAUGUUUAUUUUCAAAAGUUAAAAUUAACUUGUCUAUUUUAAUUUACCUGAAUUAGAGAUGAAGAUAAAAAAACAAACACAUUGAAGUAUGGCCUUUUCAGUCAGUGAGCAAUGAUCCUAAUUCACUUCCCCAAAUCAUUUGCAUCAUUAGUUGGGAGUAGACAUUAAGUAUAUAUACAUGUGUGUGUCUGAGUCCUUCUUUUAGCUUUAGGAGCCCACUUCUGCCUUCCUCUUUGCCUUGUAGGGAAUAACCAGAAUGAAGUCUAGGGUUGUACAACGUUCCCAUUUCCAAACUUUAACAUAUCAGGGUAGACUUUUAACUGGUUUACAAUAGAUGGGGAAUCUAGGAAUCAGAGGCCUUUCAGUGGAAAUGCCUUCAUUUCUUCUGAGAGUGAAUACUUAUAAUUCUCUGAUCCUGUUCCUAGAUUUCUAGGAAAGUUUUAUUUGACUAAUAAGUGGAUGGAAUGCAGAGAUGUGGGUGUAGAGUUAAAGAUCUGCAUUGGGAAAUAAAGGUUUGAAAGUUGCUCACAAUGACCUUUUCCUACUUCAUUAUUAACUUGUGUCAUUUAAAUUCUGAAAAGCAAAUGUGUACUGUUCUAGUUUUAUUGUAUAUUUUCAUUUUAGUGUGCAUGGUUUCCCAAGAUCUCCAUUAUUCAAAGAAUGUUCUGAUCUUUGUUCUGAAUUACUUUGAAUCUCUGCUGAUCACUAUUUAUGUAUGUGUAUUGUGUGUUUCUCUCAAAAAUGUCUACAUAAAAUGUUCCUGCAAUUAACGCUUGCAAUAAUUUGGACUUCAUGAAAUAAAAAGCAGUA